GAGUGUGAAAGCAUACUUUCUCCAGGGUGUUGCCUCAAAUUUAAUAUUAAAUCCAUUAAUGCAAAUCCAUUUUCCUUCCAGGAUGACUACAUCAAAAACAUGGAACAGAACAUUGGCUCUGAUGAAACCGUGGACACCACCAAGGACCCGUGCCAGAACGUGAAGUGCAGCCGGCAUAAGGUGUGCGUCGCCCAGGGCUACCAGAGGGCCAUGUGUGUCAACCGCAAGAAAAUGGAGCAGAGAGUGAAACAGGCAGGGCAGCCGGAGGCUCAUGAAAACGUCUGCAAGCCUUGUCCCGUUGUGGCCUCCUCACCCGUGUGUGGCUCCGAUGGACACAACUACGCCUCCGAGUGCAAGCUGGAGCAGCAGGCCUGCCUCGCGGGCAAAGAGCUGAGCGUCACGUGUGCUGGAUUCUGCCCCUGCGCCACGGCCUCCGUUAGCCUCUCAAACACGGACACGAAACGUGAGAGCUGCACUGGCCAGGACCUGGCGGACCUGGGAGACCGUCUGAGAGACUGGUUCCAACUCCUCCAUGGGAACGCCAAGCAGAAUAACUCUGGCAAGCUCAGAGCUGACACCGCUUCAGCGCUGGACAAGAGCCUCGCUGCCAGCUGCAAGGACUCCAUCGGCUGGAUGUUCUCCAGGCUGGACACCAACAGCGACCUGUAUCUGGACCAGGCUGAGAUAGCUGCUAUCAACCUGGACAAGUACGAGGUCUGCAUCCGACCCUUCUUCAACUCCUGUGAUAGCUACAAGGAUGGGAAGGUCUCGACCGCCGAGUGGUGCCUCUGCUUUUGGAGAGAAAAGCCGCCGUGCCUCGCUGAGCUGGAGAGGAUCCAGGUGCAGGAGGCGGCCAAGAAGAAGCCUGGGGUGUACAUUCCCAGCUGCGAUGAGGACGGCUACUACAGGAAAGUCCAGUGCGACCAGAGCCGAGGGGAGUGCUGGUGCGUCGACCAGCACGGAGGAGAGAUGAUGGGCACCAGGAUCCAUGGCAACCCUGACUGCGAAGAAGCAGUGGGAUAUUCUGGAGACCUGGGGAGUGGAGUGGGAUGGGAGGACGAGGAGGAGAAGGAGGCAGAGGACACCGGAGAGGAAGAGGAGGAAGAGGAGGAGGGCGAGGCGGACGACGGAGGGUACAUCUGGUAGAGGCGUGUUCACAGCCGCCGGCCUGGAAUCCUACAAGGGGAUGGCUCUCUCUAGGGAAAAGAUUUUGGGAUCGGACCUCCGAGGCGUGGAGUUGUGUAUCAUCCUGGUGGGAUAUGUGGUGCUGGUCAGGUCCAGGGAUGAGACGGAUGACCAGUUUUUGUCUUAGAUAUGUGCAAUUGCUUCAUUCUCUUAUCUCUGUUUUUCUUUGAGCAACGGAGCUUUUUGUUUUGCUGUCCUGAAAAGCAGGACCCACUGACCACUGCACUGUAGGUAGCUAAAAUCCAUCCGAAUCUUGUCCAACCGCCAUCUAUGCAUUUAGAGAUUACCAGUAAUUUUGUAUUCUGUGAACAGUUGCUUGAGUAUUAAAGCCACCGUCCCACUGGAAUGAUCAGGUUUCAAAAGGAAUAGUUUGAUUUUGUUUUCGUAAACAUACUUGUUUUGUUAGUUUUAUGAGAAACUUGGUGUCACUGAAUAUGAAGCUGAGACUGAUGCCUGAGCCUAGUAUAAAGAUUGUAAAAAAAGGGCGGGAACAGUUGAAAAAAACCUCCAAAUCAUACUACAUCUUGUUUGUUGCAAUCAGCCAAUGCAGAAACCACAAAAUAAAAGCGACGUGUUUUGUGAUUAUGAUGACCAUCCAGCAAAUCACUGCACAAGGAAAAUAAAGAGUCUGACUCGUGUAGUAACACACCGUAAAAAUGCAAAUUCUUCAUGCAGAUUUUAUCCAGACUGAGCUGAGCCAACCUUCUCUCGGUCGUAGCUUCAUAUUUACCGAACAGACGAGAGUCGGAUAAAUGAGAUAAAAAAGUUUAUUUGCCAAAAUGUCAAACUAUUCCAUGUAAGCAGUUUAGUACGUGUUUGUGUAUGUCCCAACUGUUUCUAUAUAUAAAUCCAUUGCAAAUUACCCAUGAAACAAGCUUCGAGCUUUUCAGGUUCAGCUUUUACGAUGGUGCUGCUCCACAGUUUGUAGCAGUUUUUAAAUCUUACUCACAAAGUAAGUGGAUGCCAACAACUAUGAAGGACCUACAUUUCCAGUUGGAUUACUUUUAUUGAAAACCUGUAGAAUGUACUAGAAUGACGGCCCAAACUGUAGUAGAAACCACGCUUUGCUCUGCUAACACUGAAUUCAUGAUAAAGAAUGUGCCACAACUACGUUUUAUUCUGCAACUUUGCAACUUGAAAAACUAUUUUGUGUUUAUAAAAAAUUCUGUGGAUUACUUGAAGUUCUGUGUGUAUACUUGAGAUUGACAUUGUUAUUUUUUUUUUUCUAUGAUAAUGUUGUUGACCAUGACUUCAUUCAUGCUAGUGGUAGACCGGACAUUUUGGUUGUUUUUAGUAUUGCAUGUUAGUGAACAAGAAUGUACUUCUAGGCUGAGCACUUUACUAAUAAAGGCACUGGAGCCAAACUGUA